AUGAUUACUCUCAUCUUCCUAUUUGGAGCCGCAUGUGCGCAGCAGAACACUGCCUAUACAGAUAACUUUGCUCGAAUGACCAUGUAUCCUUUGAGUGCUGCCGCGUACUCAAACGAUCCGAUUAAGUGUGCCAAAAUCAUUGACCCGGAUGCAAAAGAGGUUGAACAAGUGACUAUAUAUUGCGGUGAUGAAAACACCUGUUCUGGCUAUACUGCUGUACUUCCCUCAAAAAAUGUGAUUGUCAUAGGCUUCAGAGGUUCUAAAACAAAAAAGCAGGCCUUGAGCAUAGUUGCAAAGACAAUUGCAACAAAGAGGUGCAGAUGGAAAGCUGAUACGGGACAAGUUGCAAAAUAUUUCUACGACGCUUUUGAUGGUAUUUGGAAUUCUACUAGUUCUGAAACAAGAAUGGGUGAUAAUGUGAUACGGCUCGUAAAAGACUACCCUUCCCACGAUAUAUGGAUCACUGGACAUUCAUUAGGAGGUGCAUUGGCGGCGUUAGCAGCUUCCUAUAUUGUUGAAUCUGGUAUUGUGCCUAAUGGUGAUAAAAUAAGGCUGGUAACAUUUGGUCAGCCAAAAGUCGGUGAUCGCAAUUUUGCAAAUCUGCUCAAUAAAAGGGUAAAGAAAAUAAAUCGUAAAUGGUUUUUUUUGAAAUACCAGAACUUUAAGAUAAAAUAUUCCUUCCGUGUUGUUCACCACCACGAUCUCGUCGUUCGUAUCCCCUUAUUUUUUUACACACAUCAGCGAACAGAGGUACUUACCUACUUUAUUAGCUUUCUUAAUCGCCGUUCUCACAAACAUUCAAAUCUAUGCAUUCAGAUCCUCUACAAAAAGGGUAUGCCUAAAGAUUAUACCGCCUACGAGAGACAUGCUCCAGCUUUUGGUCCUUCAGUUUUGAAGAUCACAUAUAUUAUUUCGGCCGAAACAUUAGCGAAUAUGGACAUUCCGGAUGCACGGGAACAUUAA